AUGCUCUCCGAACUUGAGAACAUUAAUGAAAAGAAUAUUUCACAGGUUAGCGAUAAUGGCGAGGAGUUCGCCGUAGGUCUAUGGGCCCAGAUUAAGCUUAUUACAAUACGGAUGACUAAAUUAAUCUAUCGGAACCCCGAAUAUGUCAACAACAAGUUCGCAUUACACAUCAUUACAGGUCUCUUCUCCGGCUUCACCUUUUGGCAGAUCGGUAAUAGCGUUAGCGACCUCAACCUACGCAUGUUUGCAACCUUUCAGUUUGUCUUUAUUGCACCGGGAGUUAUCAAUCAACUACAGCCUCUUUUCAUCGAGAGGCGCGAUAUCUACGACGCUCGAGAAAAGAAGUCGAGAAUGUACACCGGGAUUGGUCAAUUCAUCGCGGCAUACGCACCGAAUGCAACGGUAGCAGUACUCGCCAACCCUAUCUUCAUCUUCACUACCGUUGGCUACUACGGCGUCUUCGUACCGUACGAAUAG